AUGGAGGAGGAGGAGGAGGAGGAAGAGUUUGAAUUAGACCUCGAGGACCAGGAGGAGGAUGAGUACCAGUCAGAAGAGGGGGACAAAACUGAGGAGGAGGAGGAGGAAGAAACGGAAGAGGAGGAGGAGGAGAUGCAGAUGGAGGAAGACAUGGAAGAAGAGGUGGAGGGGAUGGAGAAGACGGAGGAGGAGGAGGAGGAGGAGGAGGAGUUUAAAUUAGACAUCGAGGACCAGGAGGAGGAUGUGUAUCAGUCAGAAGAGGGGGACGAAACUGCGGAGGAGGUCGAGGAGGACAAAGAGACAGAAGAGGAGGACGAUAAUGGGCAGGAGGGCGCGGGAGUGGUCGCGGGCCACGGGGCCUCUGCGGCGCGUUCUAAGUCCCUGCUCCGGGAUGUGGUCCAUUGCCAUGCGCAGCCCAGGCACUACACCUACCGUGUCCUGGUCGACCCCAAAACCGGCUGCGUGAUGGUCAGGCGCCGCUGCCUAUGGCCCUCGCGCCCUGCAGCGGAUGGCGUGCCUCCUCAGGGGCAGGAAAACCUGGGAGAGGCAGGUGAGGUCUGGCGGAGCGAGUACCAGGCAGAGGGCACCCCGCCCUGCGAGCCGCGGGAACCUGCAGAGGGGGCGGCAUCCCAGAAGGCAGAGGAACCGGCGGCGGCUGCAGCGGAGGCCGAGUUCUGGGCGGGCGACGUCCUGGCUGAUACCUCCGAGUCCUCGGAGGCUGGGGCGUGUGGACCCGACGACGGAGCCGAAGCUGAUCCUCCCGAGGGCAGAGAACUAGAUUCUCCUGCUGAUUUUAAAUCGGGAAAUGUUGUCCACCACCUUGUGAUGCCAAAGUCCGUAUCAUUCGACACUAAAGAAGAGAGUGAACAUCAGUAUGAAAAUGCUGAUGAAGAGAAAGAGGAUGGAAAUGAGAAACCAGAAGAAGGACCUAAGCUGGAUAUGGUCUCAGCAGAGGGCAGCUCUGGAGAAUACAGUUGGAAGGCAUAAAAAGAAGUGGACAGCAAAAGAAAAGAAGAAAUUGUUCUUCACGGAUUUUCUAGUUUUCAUUAGCCCACAAUACAAAUGUUGUUUCAAAGUUCAACGUCCCAAAAUGAUAUUAACUGACAUCUGACUUUAUUCUUACCGUUGACAGAUAAAUUUGACAGUAUUGUUCACAUUGAAAAUAAAAGCUUGUUUGACAUGAAUAA